CAUGCUGGUAGCUGGAAAUAUUCAAAAUUUGAGAUGAUAAACUGUUGACUGCGUUAUCUGUAUAGAUCAGAAUUAGAACAAGAAAAUAAUGGAUGAAGGCGACGAAUACGUGCCUCAGAUGUCGCAAUUGGGCGACUAUGGAGGAUUGGGCAGCAUGGGAAUGUCACAAGGCCAGCCACCGUCUGUUCCUGGUUAUCCAUCGAUGAGUGGCGGAUUGACCCCAAUGAAUAAUCCAUACGAACAGCAGAUGAUGAUGAUGGGUCAACCUGCACAACCUGUACAGAAACCAGCUCCAACGCCGAAAAGUCGUUCCAAGAAAAAGCAAGAGAUGGAUCCUAUGCAAAGUAUGGCCGCCAUGUCGAAUAAUCCCAUGAUGCGACCAUCAAUGCAGCAAAUGGGCGGCAUGUACCCACCACAGACUAGCCAAAUGGGAAUGUACGGUGCUGCCGGCCCACCGCAGCAGGCACCUCCGCACUUUCCGCCACAAAGUGCUCCACCUGGCUAUCGGCCUCAGUAUGCGCCACAACCCGGGUACCCAGCAAUGCAGCAGCCAAUGUAUCCUUCACAACAAGCGCCACAGUCACGACCAGGAGCGUAUGGAGCUCCACAACCGCCGGCUGCGAAUCACUAUGGGUAUGGAGCACCACCACCUCAAGGCGCUUACCCACCGCAGCAAUACCCUCCCCCUCAACUGCGACCGCAGUACCCUCAAGGGCAACAACCGAUGUCUAUGCAGAACCAGUACUGGGAGCCCCAACAGCAUCCCUAUUACCAACAGCAACAACCACAGCAACCGCCACAGAGUGGUCCUAGCAUUCAUCCUAGCCAGCCUGACCAAUGGGGCCAGCAGCAACAAUCAUCUCAGCAACUCUACCAUCUUGAAAUGGAAAUGCGUGGGAUGCAGCAACGAAUGCAACAUCUGUAUCAACAGCAAAGAACACCAAUGGUUGAGCAGGAGUUGCAGCAGGUGCAAAUGCGUCUUCAGUACCUGCAAGCGGAGCAUCAUCGUCUGCAGAUGAGUGCGCAAGCUGCUCAGCCCUUAUCCGCUCCCCAACAGCAGCAAUCCCAACAACAACAGCAACAAGCACAAGGGGCUAUGGCACCGAUGUCUGCAGGGUCAGGGAUGCCAAUGAGCCAGAUGCCACCAGGAAUGGGGCCACCCAGUGGGCCUAGUACUGGGCCGCCUAGUCAGCAAGUAGUGAUACAGCAGAGUCCAUCAGCAACACCUACCACACCGGUUCAAGUCACGCAGAGUGGUAGCCAAGUUCAGGUAAAUAUCAAGCCGGAAACGUCAGGUCGAACAUUGAUUAGUGUAUAUCAUCGAUUUGGUGAGUCUCCAAAUGGAGAUGAAGCUUUCAAUGGAGAUGCAAAGGACUCAGUCCCUCCAGAGCCAACACCAACGCAACAGCAGCAGUAUCAGGAUUCCCAACAAAUGAUGUCGCCACCUUCUCAACAUCAUCCACAGCCACAACAGAUACAGCAACAGCAACAUAUGCAACAAAUACCUUCUCAACAGCAGCAUCAUAUGAUACCGCCUCAUCAGCAGGUUCAACCACCACCACAGAUGCAACCAUCACAGCUCCAUCAACAACAGCAGCCAACGAUGCCUGUUAAUGGAAUGGAUAAUGGUUUCCAAAAUAAUGGCCUAGUCCAUGGACAAGGUGUUGUGGAAGCUAUGGGUCAGCAACAGUUACCCCAAGCAGCACAGCAGCAACCACAGCAACAGCCAACUCCUCCUGCUGUAAGUGUUGAACAGAAACCCGUGGUAUACAAUCCGUAUGCCGACGUUCAACCACAAGCAGAGCCAAGAAAGUCCGUUGACGAGGUUGAAAAGAAGCCGGAAAUCACUCUACCCAAAGUCGAAGUUGUUCCACCACCUGAGGAAGCGGACAUCAAGCCAGCACGAGUAGUUCCUGAACCCAUCAUCCAACCUUCUGCUCAGUUAUUCGACGACAGAGAUGACGCUACUCCUCCAAUGCGGACUGAAGAACCAGAAGAAACCGUGGAAGAGCCACCUGCAGAAGUCGACGAAGAGAAGGAAAUUCCUCCGUCACCGAAUCCUCCGGCGACAAGUGCCAGCUCUAUAGCACCAGCCGAUUAUUCCACUUUGUCGGAUGAAACAGAGCCUGCUCUUGCUGCUGGUGACGAUUUGAAGGAUUUGAAGGACGAGGAUGAGGAAGAACAAGCCGAGGAUGUCAACGAAAAUUUCGUUGCUGCUAGUGCCGGGCCAGCUGAAGAAGAAGAGCCUAAAGCUGAAGUCGAGGAGGAAAAUUCAGAUGAACCUACUCCUGGACCCAGUUGCAGUCGAGAACCUUCUCCGGGAGAGAGCGAGGUCACUGAAAGUGAACCACCGGUUGUCAAAACGAAGAAGUCCAGGAAAAAGGAUAGAGUAGCUGCUCUGUCUAAAGAAGACAAUUCUGAAGAACGAGACGCAACGCCUAGCGAAAUUGCGGAUUCCACCGAUGGUGCAUUUACGGAGCCAUCGACUCCUGCACCAGCUACCAUCUCCUCCGAAGGUCGAAAGCCGAAGAGGUUAACGGUAGUCCGAUCGCGAAAGAAAAAGAGCGUUGACGAUUCGGGCGACGACGAUGACGAUUUUGUUCCUGAUGGGCGUCGAAAGUCAAAUAAGCGCGCAAAGUUGGCGAAAGAAGCCGCCGGUGGGGAUGAAGAUGAGAAGCGGAGCACUUCCAAAUGGGCAGAAGCAGUUGAGACAGCUGAUGAUGAUGCUGAAGACUCCAUUCUGACAAAUGACUCUCAAGAGACGCAAUCAACUGACCAUCAAAUUGUCGAAAAGAUUCUCAACUGUCGCGAUCCGGAAGGGGCCGAUUCGCAAUAUCUGGUGAAAUGGAAGGGAAAAGCAUAUAUUCACUGUGAAUGGAAAACUUUAAAGGAGCUGGAAGAAGUUGAUAAGCGUGCCGUAGGUAAAGUCAAACGUUUCCGACAGAAAAGAGCACAUUCAAAUGAUGUGGACGAGGAGGACUUCAACAGUGAUUAUACCGUCGUCGACCGGGUUGUUGACCUCGGUUUAGGCGAUGACGGCUUAGAGUAUGCUCUCAUCAAAUGGAAGAGUCUUGCUUAUGAUGAAGUGACGUGGGAACCUGUAGAAAGUGUCCCUGAGGACAAAGUUGCUGUUUGGAAAAAGCGACAGAUCGUAGACAAAGCAAAAGUGAAGGAGAAAGCGAGACCGAAAGCUAGUGAAUGGAGCAAGAUGCCAGAAGACAUCGUGUGGAAAGAUGGUAACAGCCUCAGAGAGUAUCAGUUCGAGGGUGUGGACUGGUUGCUGUACUGUUACUAUAAUGAGAGGAACUGCAUAUUAGCAGAUGAAAUGGGACUUGGAAAGACGGUGCAAACCAUCACGUUCCUAUCACGAAUUUACGAGUAUGGGAUCCAUGGCCCUUUUCUCAUUGUUGUUCCUCUUUCCACAAUUCACAACUGGGUACGUGAAUUUGAGACUUGGACGGAUAUGAAUGCCGUAGUUUAUCAUGGAAGUCAGCACAGUCGUGAUGUCAUCCAGCAAUAUGAGAUUUACUACUCAAAAACGCACUCUGGUGGAAGCAAAUCUUACCGCAAAAACCUUGUGAAACUGGAUGCGUUGAUAACGACGUUCGAAAUGGUUGUCACGGACUGCGAAUUCCUGCGAAAGAUACCCUACAGAGUUUGCGUCAUUGACGAAGCACAUCGACUUAAGAAUAGAAACUGCAAGCUGUUGACAGGUGGAUUGCAUGCUUUCCGAAUGGAACAUCGCGUAUUGCUGACUGGGACACCACUGCAAAAUAAUAUUGAGGAAUUGUUUUCUUUGCUCAACUUUUUACAUCCACAACAGUUUAGUAGCUCAGCUGCAUUCCUCGAACAGUUCGGACAGUGCCAGUCAGAUGAACAAGUGCAGAAAUUGCAAGAAAUUCUGAAACCCAUGAUGCUUCGUCGUCUCAAAGAAGAUGUGGAAAAGUCAUUGCAGCCCAAAGAGGAAACUAUUAUCGAGGUGCAACUUUCCGAUACACAAAAGAAGUUCUAUCGUGCUAUUCUUGAGAGGAACUUCUCCCACUUGUGCAAGGGUGCAUCGGCGCCGUCGCUCAUGAAUGUGAUGAUGGAGCUGCGUAAGUGUUGUAAUCAUCCGUUCCUCAUACAGGGUGCCGAAGAGACCAUCAUGUCUGAGCUGAAGAUGUUGCAUCCUGACUGGGACGAUGAGACGUUGGCUCACAAAGCUCUAGUACAAGCAUCUGGAAAGGUGGUCCUCAUUGAGAAACUGCUGCCGAAGUUGAGGAGGGACGGACACAAAGUGCUCAUCUUUUCUCAAAUGGUGAAAGUGCUGGAUCUUUUGGAGGAGUUCUUGGUAAACAUGAACUAUCCAUUCGAAAGAAUCGAUGGAAAUGUUCGUGGAGACUUGCGACAAGCGUCUAUUGAUCGAUUCUCGAAGAAAGAUUCUGAUCGUUUUGUCUUCCUGUUGUGUACCAGAGCUGGUGGUCUCGGUAUCAACUUGACAGCUGCCGAUACCGUUAUCAUAUUUGAUUCCGAUUGGAAUCCGCAGAAUGAUUUGCAAGCACAAGCGAGAUGUCAUCGUAUUGGUCAAACCAAAAUGGUCAAAGUGUAUCGACUAGUCACAGCCAACACCUAUGAAAGGGAGAUGUUCGAUAAGGCAUCUUUAAAACUUGGAUUGGACAAAGCUGUACUGCAGUCCACUACAGCUCUCAAAGAAAGCAGCACGGCAUUGAGCAAGAAGGACGUUGAAGAGUUGUUGAAGAAGGGUGCGUAUGGGUCCAUUAUGGACGAAAAUGUCGAUGAAGGCAGCAAAUUCAGCGAGGAAGAUAUUGAAACGAUCCUUCAACGACGAACAACAACAAUCACCUUGGAACCGGGACAGAAGGGUUCUUUGUUCGCUAAAGCCGCUUUCAACUCAACGAAUAAUCGUGGUGAUGACAUUGACAUUGAUGAUCCUAACUUCUGGACGAAAUGGGCCGAGAAAGCGCAGGUGGACAUCGAGAAGGCUACAGCAACUCCUGAUGGUCGUGAUCUCAUCAUGCAAGAACCGAGAAAACGUACUAAGCGCUUCGAAGACAACUCGCUAAAAGAAGGUGAAGACUCUGAUGGCAGCGAUGAGUUGGGCAAAGGAAGGAAAAGAACUGGAGCCAAUUCUCAAAGCAGCGGUCGCAAACGAAGGCGCGGUGACGAUGAAGAUGGCGAUUAUGUCAACUAUAGACCGGAUGAAUUGGCUUUCAAUAAGAGCGAGUAUUUCAAGGUCGAAAAAGUGCUUGCCUCUUGGGGGUGGGGACGAUGGGCCGAGAUGAAAAAGAGUGGAGAGUUGGAGGUAUCCGAAAUGGACAUCGCUCAUAUGGCAAGAACAUUGUUGCUGCAUUGUGUGAGGGAAUAUCGAGGAGAUGAGAAGAUCAGACAGACUGUAUGGCAGAUGAUCGCACCCCAGGGAGCAAAAAAUGCUAAAGAGGCCAAAGGAUCACAGUCGAUAUAUCACCAGGGUUGGGCUGCACUUCCUGAGUUCAAUCCACCCAACUUCGCAUUGGAUGCGUCAUUUCAACGUCACGUACAUCGGCAUGCGAACAAGCUUUUAGUGAAGAUUGAUCAGUUGAGACAUUUGCAAAAGACAAUCAUCGCUGGAAAAGCUGCAGAAAUCGAAGCAGGCGCUAAUUGGUCGUCAAUCGAUAUAACUGUGCCAACUUUAGUGGAACCAAUGUGCGAUGGCUGGGAUGUCGACUGUGACAAAUGCUUACUCAUCGGUAUCUACAAGCAUGGCUUGGAUAAUAUCGAGGCCAUUCGAGCCGACGAGGCGCUUUGCUUUGCUACGAAAACUGGCCUUCCAGAGACAUUCCCAGGCGCAGCCGAAGUAGGAGCGCGGUUCCGACGUCUCAUUGCUGUCAGCCAAAGGAACAUCAACGAUCCGGUCUAUGAGAAGUUGAGGUGGAGCCGACGCGAAGAACAAGAAUACAUGCGAGUGCUGCGAUCGUUUGGCAUGAAAGACAAGAGGAAUGACCCGACCAUGAUCGACUGGGAUGCUUUCCGAGCGUUUUCGCCUCUUCUGGAAAAGAAGACGGAUGAGGAAAUGCAAGAACAUCUAUACUGCAUAUUGGCAAUGUGCACAAAGGCGCAAGGAGGCGAACUCUCUGCCCUCGAUACAAAACGAGCGUUAUCCGUAGAUGCAAUGACGUCCCGAAAAGCACAGAAACUCAUGAAUCGCUUGCAUCUGACCCGGAAAGUCCAUGCAUUGGCAGCUGGUCUUGACAAAGUCACGCCGAUGUUGAAGUUGUGCUCUGCUGAAGCCAUGCCAUCUGGCUGGACCACUCAGCAUGAUAAGGAACUCAUAUCUGUUUGUGACCAACAUGGAAUUGAUAAUAUCUCGGCAAACAUCCUGGCAAAACCUGCUUUCCAAAAGAUCAUCCGACCUACUGAAAAGACGCUUCUGCGGCGUGUUAUUGAAGUGUGCACAACUGUGGAAACUGGCAAAUGGAAUGGAACGGCAAGCACAGAGAGUGUCGACGAUAGCGAUGUGGAGGAGAGAGUACGGCAACAGCAGCAGGUGCGGCGCGGUCGCAAACGCACGGUCGACACCGACGCUCAAAAGAUGCGCGCACUCAUGCAGCAGUCUAUGCUUUCUCAAAUGGGAGAUCUGCCGCUUGCUGCUGCGAUGUUACAGUCAGCUAUGUUUAUGCCACAGCUCAUGGGUAACAAUGCAGCGGCUGCGCAACUUCUGGGAUCACUGUUUGCUAUGGCUGCAGGUGCAAGUGGAACUGCGACACCAAGUGCUUCUGGAGCUGGCGGUUCUGCCACGUCUGGUACGUCGGCAGCAGCUGCUGCGGCAUCUGCAUCAGCUCAGCAAGCUGCGGCUGCAGCGCUUUUGGCUAGUGCUGCUUCAGGUGUUGUACCAACGGAAGCUGAUGUUCUGAAUCUUACGAAGAAGGCUGAAACAUCAUCGACAGCAGCCACCUCGUCUUCUCCAGCUCCAUCCACAUCUUCAGCCCCUACACCAUCCACCUCACAACAGCAACAACACCAGCAACAGUCUGCAGCCAUGGGACAGCUUGGACUCAAUGAGCUCAUCAUUCUGGCAAGCUUACCACCAGAUACGAGAAUACCUGUGCAGGAUACUCGAACCAAAGAACGACUGCUUGGAGAAGCUGCGCCAAAGUUGAAAAAUCUAAGCGCGUGGCUUACGACGCAUCCAACUUACACUUUAGAUCUUGCAAGCAUAGGAAAAGAACCACCGCCAUCAUCUGUUCCUACUCCAGUGGUAACAACACACGCAUCCGAGUCGGCCCCAUCAAGCGCGAAGCCAUCUGCACCGCCAACGCCCAAACCAACUACCCCGAAGCCCCUCAGUGCAGCCACCACACCUGCACCCAGCUCGAAGCCAGUGAGCGCAGCACCAACUCCAGCACCUGCCACACCGAAACCCGCGUUGAGUCCAAAGCUUGAGCCUGGAGAAAUUCCGAAGAAAUCUUCCAAUGCUGGAGCGGUGGCCGCGGCCUCUUCAUUACCGGGAGAUGGACCUGUUUCUGUUUUUAGCAGGUCGAGUGGCGCACUUCUUCCAGCUUCGAAGUGGCCAACGCUUAGCAAAUUAGCAUCUUGGCUUGAUGCACAUCCGGACGCAAACGUUCACAGCAGUAGUGUUCCGGUAGCUCAGCUAGUUGUGGGACUCUCUCAUCCAGAUCGGUUAGGCGGUGAUUCUGUAGCGGGAACGAGUACCAACUCGACCACCUCCUCUUCGACCAAUGUGAAAGCAGAAAAGCCCUCUAGUAGUAGUAGCCUGUUUGGAGGAGCGUCAUCAUCUGCAUCAUCAUCGAAUGCCACGGCAGCUGCACUAGCUGCUGAAGCAGCAACGAAGCAGCAGCUGGAAGCUCUUCAGAUGCAAAUGUUAAUGCAACAAACGCUUCUGCAGCAGUCUUUGCUAGGAUUCAAUCCAUACGCUCUUGCGGGGUCGACCUCGAGUACCAGUUCAACUGGUGGCAAGCCUGAAGAUCUGCUGAACCCGUUGCUAAUGGCGUCGUUAAUGACAAAUCCACUAGCGAUGCAAUCCCUCCUUAUGGACCCGACAGCCUUAGCGGCGUUGUCGUUGGCCAGCUCGGCAACUGGUAGCAGCGGCAUGAUCCCUUCAACUUCUGCCAAGAAGUCUAAGACAUCUCACAGUUCUCAAUCAUGAGCCCUUUUCCUUUCUCAAUUCUUUCCUUCCUGUACAGUACUGGCCAAUGACGCAAUUUUAUUAGCGUAUGCGAGUCGGAAUCUGAACUUCGGGUCGACCACUUUUCCACUGCAUAUGAUAAUACUCUCUUAGGCACUUUUUAUGGCGUCUGCAUUUUUUGUAUGCACGACAAGUGAUCUCUUUUCUCUCGUACUGUCUGUCUUACAUAAAAUAAUUCUGUUUGUACUAUGCUAUUUAUUACGGUGAUUACGGUGGCUCCAAGCGAUUAACAUGUCUACUAUAGUAUUUAUAAGAUGUGUAAACUUAGUAUUGUGGUCAAGUUGUCCCGUAUAAGUUUGUUGAGUUUCCUGUACGUUAUGUAUCUUACCUGAUCUUUGACCUACCUGGUGAUUUUCCGUAUAGUGUUUUUUCUUUGCUCUACCCUUUGAAAGCUGGGAAAAAUCAUCAAAUCGACUGAGUGUUGCAGAUUGAGCUGAACAGUUGUUUCACGGUAGUUUGGUUUUGCGCAGUUCUUCUUUUGCAAAAUUUGCAAAUAUUUUACUGUUGAAUCUCGUUUUAUUUAUAGCAGCUGUCUAGUAAUUUACUGUUUUAUUAUAAAUAAAAUUGUGAACCUAA